GCUCAGAAGAUGUGCUCAAAAGAGAGAAAGUUGAGAAGGGAGGUGAAGUGGAAGUGAGGGCACCCCUGCUCCCAGGGAGGCUGCCUCUGCUGCAGGAAACCCGGAGGUGGCCACUAGAACUGGUUAGGCCAAGGGAGCUCACAGUAAAAACAAGCCUAUGUAGAGUAGUUUCUCAGGCCUUGCCCAAGAGCCACUCUGGAAACCCCUCUCUGCAACCCCCCACCUCUGCCCUGGACACGGUGCUUAGCCAGAGACCGGACAGCAGGGGGUGAGGACUUCCCAAUAUAUCACACACAAAAAAAUUAAAAUGAACUAUGUAAUUUGGUUGACUCUUAAGUGUGUUCUUUUGCAAAUGUAUUUGACAUACAUGGUACUGGGGUGGAGAUGGGGGCAGGAGGGUGUGGAUCCGUGUGAAUGAUCAAGUUUAGGAUAAGAAGGGUGAAAGGGGCAAAAUAAGGGCCCUUCAGCUUCUCAGGGCAUGGUUAGAGCUAAAUGUUCCUAUUAAGAAUUAUGAAUCUCCCAGCAGUGAGUGAGAACUUGUAUGCGGUCCACCCAAAUCCUUUUUCAGAAUGCAAACCCCUAGGUCAAAAAUAAUAAAUAAACAAUAAAAACAAUCUCGGUCAAAAUGAAUCUUUCCUGGAUUGUCCUUUUCUGGAUAUCUCCAACAGAGCUGAGAGGAAGGCUAAAAGGUUGGCUCCGGGUGGAUAAGGCCUUGGUUCUUUCUAGUGGCCAGGACUUGACCUGAAACCUUUCCCCCAGUCGGCUCAACAAAGUUUCUCCCUCCGAGCCAACGUCCCUCUAGCAGGAAGCCCCCUUGGCCUUGCAGCCUGCGUCCUCAUUCUGCGAACUCUCCCCGUUCGCGGCUUCCUGUACAUCUGCCCUUGUGGUUGGGGUCACUCCUCGCGGGCACUGUGGUUUUUGUCUGCAUCUGGACAACUGGGUGUGCACCCGUUCAUUCAAAUAAUUAUGCCUGUGGACACUUCUUUAUUCCUCAAAUUCCUCUAUUAGUGUUCCUUUAAUUCUCCCAUGUGUAUUCGGGUACAAUUGCCUGUACGUUCCAGGCAUAGUCAGGUGACUCAGCUUGAGUAUGAGCUCAAACGUGCGCGACCCCAUGUCUGCAUGGGGAGGAGAGGUGUACACGUGCAAAUGCGGGACUUUGGGUGGAGUGUGAGGUUGAUACGGCUUUCGGUCCCAGGGCGCUCUAGGCCCCUCUUAAAUACUUUCAUCUGCCCAAUUUCUUAACCUUUCAGGACAAGGAGGGAGACCCUCCGCGAUCCUGCGCCCUGCCACCCUUUGGGAAGGAUAGGACCAUCAUCUAGGACGUCUCCCGGUGGACUGUGGCUGGGCUGGGCUGAAUGGGCGGGCGGAGGUCUCGAGGUCUCCUCCUUGCUCUCGAUUGCCCCCAUCACCCAAGCCACCUCGAGGUCGAGUGCGCCCUGGGGCUCUGUCUGGGGAGGUCAUGGCGUCUCGAGGCGAAUGAUAUGCACGUUUUGCGGCAAAACUCUCCUAGGCCUCCCAGGAGCAGCUGUAUUUGUAACUUGGAAUUGGCCUGGGCCCGCCUCCCUUGGCCCCUCCUCCAGCCCCUACCUCAACACGCAGCGCUCAGCGGGCUGCCAGAGUGCGCUUCCCGGACCACCCCCAAGCACCCUGGGACCUCACCACCCCUCAGGGUCCCUGGGGCAUCCUAGGGGCCUGGAUCUGGAAGAAUGGGGGCCAACAAGAGUGGCCAGGGCUCUCCUGGGGGCGGUUUUGCCAUGUAUUCCUCCGCUAUAAUUAGCCUUUCGGGGCCGCGCGCCUACAGGUUUCAGAGGCCAGCGGGAACGCUGGCCACGGGUGUGUGGGGGUGAGGGGUGUGGUGUGUGUGCACGUGUUCGCGCGCGACUGGAAGCGGUUCCUUGUGCCAUUUCUAGAAUCUUGUAGAUGUGUUUUCUCGUGAGAAUGAUGCGGACUUACUGCUAACUUCAGGUCAGUUUGUUUGGAAAGGGAGAAUGUCAGUCCGAUGGUCGGUGGUUGUGUCUCUCAUGAGCAUUCGUACGUACAGAGUGAGGCCACCUCCCCUCCCCCAUGCAGUCUCCCAGACCUGGUCAGAGGACCCAGGCCCCAGGUCGCUGAGGCCCUUGCUGUGCGCGCUGGUGCUCUGAUCCUAAAGCCUAAGCUACGCCGUGCCCACUUAGGGUCAGGGUGGAAAGCCUACGUGGGAAAGGGGGACCUGGAGAGCUACCCCCACGUCCAUGGCAGGGUGGAGUCCCGACCUUGGCAUAUUGGGCCUACCCACUUGGCAUCUCCCUGCCCCGACCCCGUCUGGGAUCCGUAUUGGCAGUGCCAAGGGAGGGAGGAAUGGUAAGGGAGUUGGGUCGGUACAGGACGGAAGUGAAGAUGGAAAGAGAGAAAAAAUAAAACUAGGUAGGGACAAGGAGAUGGGUGAGGCUAGGUUAGGGGUGGAGUUGGUGCUGCCUCGGAGAGCAGCGGCUUUUCACCCUGCUAUAGGGAGUUGUGUUUGGCUGAGCUGCCCCCCCCCAAUAAAGCUAAUGAUGUAGUAAUUUAGGAGGGGGAGAGGGGCUGGGCAAAAGGAGAGAGGGGAGAGGAUGGGGAAAUGCGCGCCCCAAGAGCGAAAGCAAACAGCUGUGGAGGCGCUGCCCGCGACUCAGGCUUCCCAACAGGUUAGCUAUACUGGGAUCCACCCGGCAUUUCGCAGGAAGGGGUGGGGGGAAGACAGAGCGAGAGGGGGAGAGAGCCUCACAAGAGGACAGAGGGAGGGAGGGAAAGAGAGCUGGGAGCCAGAGAGCGCACCGCGCGGCUUAAAAGGAGAGACUUACUAAUGAAUAUUUAUCCGCCGCUGCUCGGUGCUCCCGGCUUCCCUUACCUUUCUGCAGGUCAGUCCAUGGUAUUCCGCUCCCCCCUAGACCUCUAUUCCUCCCACUUCUUGUUGCCAAACUUCGCCGAUUCUCACCACCGCUCCAUACUUCUGGCGAGUAGCGGCGGCGGGAACGGUGCGGGAGGCGGCGGCGGCGCGGGAGGCGGCAGCGGCGGAGGGAACGGUGCGGGAGGCGGCGGUGCUGGCGGAGCAGGCGGCGGCGGCGGCGGCUCCAGGGCCCCCCCGGAAGAGUUGUCCAUGUUCCAGCUGCCCACCCUCAACUUCUCGCCGGAGCAGGUGGCCAGCGUCUGUGAGACGCUGGAGGAGACGGGCGACAUCGAGCGGCUGGGCCGCUUCCUCUGGUCGCUGCCCGUGGCCCCCGGGGCGUGCGAGGCCAUCAACAAACACGAGUCGAUCCUGCGCGCGCGCGCCGUGGUCGCCUUCCACACGGGCAACUUCCGAGACCUCUACCACAUCCUCGAGAACCACAAGUUCACCAAGGAGUCUCACGGCAAGCUGCAGGCCAUGUGGCUCGAGGCGCACUACCAGGAGGCCGAGAAGCUGCGCGGCCGCCCACUCGGCCCGGUGGACAAGUACCGCGUGCGCAAGAAGUUCCCGCUGCCACGCACCAUCUGGGACGGCGAGCAGAAGACGCAUUGCUUCAAGGAGCGGACUCGGAGCCUGCUGCGGGAGUGGUACCUGCAGGACCCCUACCCCAACCCCAGCAAGAAACGCGAACUGGCGCAGGCCACCGGCCUCACUCCCACACAAGUAGGCAACUGGUUUAAGAACCGGCGGCAGCGCGACCGCGCCGCGGCGGCCAAGAACAGGCUCCAGCACCAGGCCAUUGGACCGAGCGGCAUGCGCUCGCUGGCCGAGCCCGGCUGCCCCACGCACGGCUCGGCAGAGUCGCCGUCCACGGCGGCCAGCCCGACCACCAGCGUGUCCAGCCUGACGGAGCGCGCGGACACCGGCACCUCCAUCCUCUCGGUAACCUCCAGCGACUCGGAAUGUGAUGUAUGAUAGCCAAGGCCGCCCUCCUCCCCCUCCUUCCCCUCCUCCCCCACUCCUUCCCCUCCUCCUCCUAGCCCUCCUCCUCUUCCUCCUCUUCCUUCUCCUCCAUCCCCAGAACAAACCGAAAUCAGGAUACCCAACCAUACACACAUACAAGUCCACACACACUCCCACCCCAGCCAAAAAUAUAUAAAAAAACAAGAAAAUAACAAAUUAACCACAAACUAUCAACAACCCCCAACCACCAUCUACCACUACGGCCACCCCAAAGGACCCCGACGCCAACAGACAGUCAAACGCUGAUGUUGCGGGCAGACAACAUAAAAGAGGUGACAAAUGUAUACUUUCUAGGACAAGCACGGCUUCUCCUUUCGGUUCCCAUGGACCCGGCACCCCACCUGCAUGACGAUUUAUUUGUAUCUGGGAAAAUAUUCUCUCUAGUUAAAAAUGAUUUAAAGAGUCGACUAUACAAAAACCAAUCACCACCACGAGGACAAGAGGACAAAAGCAAAACAGACAAAAAGAAAAAAAAAAUCGCCAUCUCCGUUCCGAAUUUGUUAAAAAAAAAAAAAAGCGGGGGGGGGAGGGCGGGGGGGAAGAACUCCUGGAGAGGGAAAUAGCAAAUGUUUCUCGCCUUUUGUUGCUCUCUCUCUCUUUUUUUCUCUCACUCUCUUUCUUUCUCUUCCUCUCUCUGUUUUUAAGUCCAAGUAUUGGUCAAACAAAAUGCAAUCUUCUGUUUUUUGUUCAGCAGACAAUCAUUUUCUUCGUAAGCACCUUUUUCUCUCCACUCUGUCACUGCCUGUGUGGGUACUGGUUAUAAAUGUGGAAAAAGAAUAGUUAUGACUGUAACAGAUUUUUAUUUUUAUUUCAAAAUUUUAUAUGAAUUAUGUAUAUCUUAAUGAUCGGUCAUUUUCCCAGUUUGUAAUAUAUGUGUAGAAAUUGCCUGUAUAUGAUAUUGCUUUUUUCUCCUCUCCCUUUCUCUUUCUCUCUUGUCCCUCUCUCUGUCUUCCUCCCUGCUCACCUGUCUCUUUUCUUUUUGGGAUUCUCCUCCCACUCAGUGCUCCUGGUGUCAUCUUGGCAGUCAAGAAGAGGCAUGGUGGCCUGGGUUAGGAAGAGGGACCCCAUCGCUAGCAAAAGCGGAGAGUGAGAUUGUAGUAUUCUUAUGCAAAAGCUAUUUCCAGUAUUUCUUAGCAGCUUCAGAGGUAUCUCUCACUCCCUGUAGGGCGCUUUUACUGUUAUCUUAAACUGCGUGUUUAUCUAUAUGUAAAAACUUUCUAAAGCAAAUACAGUAUUCUCCAUUUUCUUAUCACUCCCA